AUAUAUCCCACAUACCACACACAUAUACCAUCCACCACACACAGGUGCACACACACGGAAAAUAUGAGGACUCCAAAUGCAGCAAGAAUGAACAAGCAGGAAAUACACUUACUGAGACACCAACGUAGGAGGAGACAUUUGAUACAGAAUGUCAGGAUGUUAGAGUUUCCUCGUUCCAAGGAUCCAAGUCCCCGGAUGAGGCGUCCUGAAGCUGUGCCGGCAUUUAUACAUCCUGUGCCGCCAUUCUGUGUAUAUCGGGCAGCUUCUGGCCAGGUUCCCCCGAGUUAGCUCUUGAUUUAUUGAAACUUUUCUGUGACCAUCUUGGGUGACAGGAAGAGCCACACAGCUCAAAAGCAAGGCUUAUAUGUAGCUAGUCCGUCAAGCCCUGCUUGGUGCCAGGUCUGCAGAAACGGUCAGGAGAACAUGACCAAGACAGGAACCUCUGGGGUCUGCUGAGGUCAGAGCAAGAGCCAGGGGGUAAGAGGUCAGAACCCCCGAGGUUGCACCCAUCUCAUCUGUACCACCAAGGAUCGGAGAUAGACCAGUGGGCAUCCUGGGUGUGCCCCCACCCCAUGCAGCCUCACAGGCCCCGCUCUUAGAAGGGCCCCAUGCUUAAUGCUUGGCUGUCAUCAUCUUGAAAUUCUUGAAAUUCUUAAUCAUUUUGGAACCCUACGUGGAACCCUACACUGGGCCCUGCAAAUAGCUGGUCUCAUCCAGAGAAGGCUGAGCCAGGCCCUGGGACAGCUCAUGCUGACCACAGGAAACUGACCAUUUGCAGAGGGGAGGACCUGCCCAGAAAAUGCAGAUGGCAGCUGGCCCAGUCUCACUGCUGUCCCAGGCUGUGCUGUGAUUUGGAGAGGGGCAGGUCUACCAGCUGUGGUUAAUGGGGGGAACGUUGUCUUCACUGGGAACAGAAAGGGGAACUGUAAAUGCAAACAUGUUUUACUAGGAAGAGCUUCAGCCAGUUCUCAGCACUGUUUUCACCUGACCACACAGUGCCCUGUGUUCCCGGCUUCCUCCAUACUCUGACCAGCUCUGAAAACCAAACACAGAAGAGGCUGGAGAAGGAAACGAGCGGUGUCUGGAACAGCAAAGAGGGCACAGGCUGUCUGACUGUGAGUGGCCCCAGCACCGUGAUGGGCACCGUGGGGUCAUCCCUGAGUGUGCAGUGUCGGUAUGAAGAGAAAUACAAGAUGUUUAACAAAUACUGGUGCCGACAACCAUGCUUGCCGUUUUGGCAUGAAACUGUGGAGACCACAGGAUCUGAGACAGUGGUGAGGAGUGACCGAGUGAUCAUCACGGACCAUCCUGGGGACCGCACCUUCACCGUGACCUUGGAGAACCUCACGGCAGAAGACGCAGGAAAAUACCGAUGUGGGAUUGCGACAAUACUGCAGGAAGACGGCCUGUCCGGCCUCCUGCCCGAACCCUUCUUCCAGGUUCAAGUGCUGGUUUCCUCAACCUCCACCACAGGCUCCGGGACUGAGAACUCUGUGAAGACAUCUGGAUCUCCCACUGGGCCCGGCCAAUGCCAAGGGUCCAGCAGCGUCUACUUCCUGCUCCUCUUACUCCUGAAGGUGCCUCUGCUCCUGAGCACACUCGGUGCCAUCCUCUGGGUGAGCAGGCCUUGGAGGACUCCUUGGACAGAGCCAUGGACAGGAGAACUUAUAAUACCCUGUGACCGUUGGUAUCCUGCCUGGAGACACAACCCCUCUGACUACAGAAAGGACUUCUGACCCUGACCCUCAUAUUUCUUUCCAUCUUAUUGCCAGAUACUUGUUAAAAAUAAAAGUUAAAGUAAAAAUGUAGGCUAGGUACGGUGGCUCACACCUGUAAUCCCAGCACUUUGGGAGGCCAAGGCAGGGAGAUCACUUGAGUCCAGGAGUUUGAGGCCAGACUGGGCAACAUGGUAGGACCUCAUCUCUACAAAAAAUAUAAAAUUGGCCAGGCGUGGUGGUGUGUGCCUGUGGUCCCAGCUACUUGGGAGGCUGAGAUAGGAGGAUUGCUUAAGCCCCAGAGGUAGAGGUUCCAUUGAGCCGGGAUUGUACCACUGUGCUCCAGCCUGGGUGACAGAGUGAGACCCUGUCUCAAA